AUGGCCAAAGCCAAGUGCGGACCCCUGGCCCGGAGGCCCGACAACUCUGCGUUCAAGCAGCAGCGUCUGCCCGCCUGGUCGCCCAUGCUGACUGCAAACACGGUGCUGCCUUUCUUCUACUUCAUGGCUGUCAUAUGCUUGCUGCUGGGAAUUUGGCUUCUGCUUACCGUACAGAGCAUACGGGAAGUCCGCGUGGACUACACAGACAACGGAGCGUGUGCUAUUUGUCACGACAUGCGGAAGAAUGCCAGCAACGCGGCGUUGACCUGUCCUUGUAAAUUGCGCUUUACCGUGGACAAAGCCUUGAAGGGAGACGUCUUCUUCUACUACAGCCUCCAGAACUUCCACCAGAACCUGCGCAGGUACAUGGACUCCAGGGACGACGCACAGAUGGUCGGCAGGAAGACCAACUUAAAGAAACCCAGUUCGUACUGCAAGCCCUUCGCCACCGAUGACAAAGGACUGCCUAUCGCUCCCUGUGGCGCUGUUGCAAACAGCAUUUUUAACGAUUCCUUUAAAUUCCAAUAUCUCAGUUCUGGUAGCUCCGAGUAUGCUGUUCCUCUAUUACGCAAAGGCAUCAGCUGGUACACGGACAAAAACAUAAAGUACCGCAACCCGCAGACCGCCAACCUGAGCCUGGCUGCGGUCUUCCAAGGCACGGCGCCGCCUCCCUACUGGCACAAGCCCGUGUACGAGCUGGACACGCACGACGGCGUCAACAACGGCUUCAUCAACGAGGACCUCGUCGUGUGGAUGCGGGAGGCCGCCUUCCCCAAUUUCAAGAAGCUCUACGGCGUUUUGGACCGCGCCAACAAACCCUUCCAAAGCGGCCUCCCGAAAGGCAACUACACUGUGGAGAUAACCUACAACUUCCCCGUGCAGUACUUCCGAGGCAGAAAGCAGGUGGUCCUGACCACGCUGAACUGGUUCGGCGGUCCAAACCAGUUCUUGCCCAUAGCGUACCUGAUCACCGGCAGCCUGGUCCUGCUGGCGGCCGUCGGCCUCACCGUCGUCUGGUGGAAGUUUGGGAAAGACGGGAAGAACAUGGAUGAGUGAUGAGUUCGCACCAGGGAUGAAGUUUUAAAAUAAAUUGCACAAAAUAUUUGUUGAUACAACCCUUGUAUUAGAUCAUUAGAUUGUCAGAUGUGCCUCAUGUUACCAGUAAGUGGAAACUAAUUUCAUGGCAUAAUGUGUACAUAGUUACGAUUCAUCAUUUUGUACUAAUAUAUAUAUAUAUAUAUAUAUAUAUAUUUUUUUUUUUUAUUUUAACCUUUUGACACUGAAAUCCUGCAACAUGAAAUGUGAUUACUGUAUAUGUUAGAAAGGGAGGGUUACCUUUCACAUUUGAACUAGUACGGUACCGAUUCAUGGUACCUGGGAAUUGAUACCGGUACCGAUUUGUUUUUGGUACUUUUGUGUUUGUAUAUGGUAAUAAAUAAUUUGUUGAUAA